UUUGAAUUGUUUUACAAAGGAAGUUGAAGAUGGAAAGGAAGAAUGAAGAUAAAUUGAAUUUAGAGGUGGUGGUAGAGUCAAGUCCAUACACUCAAUUCAAGGACAUAGAAGACUACAAGCAACAGGCAUACGGUGCUCAGGGCCACCAGCAACCGAAGCCCGGCCGCGGCGCUGCCAGCUCCACCGAUGCCCCGACUCUCGCCGGCGCUGCCGCCACCGACCCUCAAGCUCAACUCUCCACCAACCCAACCGACCGAAAGUCUGCUUAAUAAGUUUUUGAAUGGAUAAUUUUAAUAAAUUAGAAAAUUGGAAAUAGAACAAAGUUCAAUUUUCUACAUAAUGUAAAUAGCAGUUACUAAAGUAAAAUAGAUGAACACAAUUUAUAGUUUUCGUGUGGAGUAACAUAUGGCAUAUGUGUUUAAAUAUGCAUCAUUCAAUUUUCUUAAAUUGUAUACAUGUUUGUUUGUUUUUGUCUCUUUGUUUCACCUUGAACCUAUGUUAUUAAACUACGCUUCUUUACUUU